UUAAAAUACAGUUUUUCGUUAUUUUCAUCGUAACUUGAUCAAGUUGAGGAAUUUCUUUAUGACGUGUUCUCUAUUUAUUAAUUCAUUAAACAAGCGAGUGCAUGCAUUGCAUUUUAAGGAUAUUUAUGAGGUUAUGUCACCGUAACAACACAUUCGGAGGCUUUCUGGUGCCAAGCGAGUUCCGACUCAGACGAGUGCAAACGGCAUUUUGGGAAAACACAAUUGCAGACGGCAUUUUGGAAAAAAAGACAACGGGAAAUAAUGUUGCCAUUCCGUUUUCUUAAAAUCUUCAGCUGGUGAUAUUGAGACCAAUACACUGUGGUUGCAUCUCAUGUAUUACAUAUAGACAAAUAUAAGCGAAAAGCAAAAGCAAACCAUCUUCCGUAAUGAUCAACAGCCGCAUUAGCAGCAGUAGUAGCAAUAGCGGUAAACAAAAACUUUACAACAGAAACUUUAACAUAUUUUAUUUUCGUUUUCUUCGAAAAAAAUCCACAUUGUGUUCACAAUAUGAGUUUCAAACGAUCUGGAUCAAUUAAAAUAUGGAAGUAUUACACCUUUCAUGUACUCACAGCAAAAAAAGCCUUAACAAAACGUUGCAAUUAUAACCGUGCACGAAAUACGCACGAUCUGGUGACUCGCACACGAUAAACAGUCGGUAUUCGGCACGUGCAUCUCGUGAGAGAAGUGCGGUAUUUGCUUAACGGUGAUAAUGAGAAACAACAGCGCGCUUUGUGAAAAGAUAAUAAAUCGAAAAAUUUCUUGAGUAGCGCAUUUCAAUAGCAUUAAACAGGAAGACCUGAGUUAAAACGACACGAAUCUCGAUAUGAUUUGAAGUGUUGCUGUUUUUUGCAUUUGAAAGUGAAUCAUUCCCAGCUGACAGAAUGCUUCUGUGAAAUUUUCUUCAAGAUUGAGCGUAUCUGGAAAUAAUGGUGUAAUUAUGAAGUAAGCAUUUCCUUGCGGUGAUAACGUAUUUAAAUAGUUUUUUUAACAAAGUGCCGUUUAUUUGCGUAUGAAAAGAUAUGGCCGGUGUAUGUUUUGUAGCAUUAUUGUUCUUCUGGAUUUAAUUUUAUUGGGAUAUUUUUAAAUGUGAUUUUAUUUACGAAAGCGUAUAGGGAAUGUGAUAGUGUUUUAGUGAGCGAUUUGCAAAAUUAAAUGAAAUAGUAAUCGCGAACCCAGACGAAAUCAAAGUGGUAUUGCUGUUGGAUAUAUUUGAGACCUUUGACGUAGUGCGGUUUCCAUGUAUAUAGGACGGUAUAGGUUAUUGAUUUUAAUUGGUUUGAUAUUUUACUUUUCGCAGAUGAAAUAUCUUUUAAAAUAAAUAUUAACGACUCUGGUGAAAAAGUCAUAUUAUUAACGCAUUGAAAUAAGAAAAUAAGUAAUUGAACAAUGGCGAGCGUGUGCUGUUUAAAAACAUCAAGUCUGUCAUUUUAAAUUACAAUGCAAGACCCAUAAUACUCGUUAAUUAUUGAACAGUGCACGGCCUUCCAUACUACGAAAACUACUAUAUAUAUAGUUUAGAUUAUUAACGUUAUUAUCCAUAUAUUCAGUUUACGACUUUUCAAGAGCUGUUAUCACAUGUUGCAUGUAUGCGUUCCGCAUCGAAAACAUUAUAUAUGUACUUUACUUGUGAUAAAGCUAUGUGAAUAGUCAUAUUAAGACGUUAAUAUUACGUAUUUUAAUGCUAGUUUUAUCAACCUAUCAAUAAUGAAAAGAUUACAGAAGAACAUAGGCAGUUUCCCAUGGAAUGGAACAUGCAAUUUACUGUAUUUAACUAUUUAUUUUAUCUGUUGCACAUAUCUGCUUGAUUUACCGAAUCCCGUCACCUGCGCUCAUAUUACGCAUAUCAAACAGAUGGAUGCGUUUACAUAUGUACACCAGGUGUUACAUGAGGUGCCAAAAACACGAACCACACGACAGUCUAGACGUUUUCAGUCGGUUUACUGGAGCACAGAUGUUCCCGCAUUGGUAUCGUCACCAACAUUUAACCAGACGAGACCUAAAAGGUCGAGAACUCAGCAAACUGAACAGACGAGAUCUCAGCAUACUGAGCAGACGACAUCUAUGCAUACUGAACAGACGAGAACGGAGCCACUUAAUCAGAUGAGAAAUCAGCAUACUGAGCAGACGACACAUAUGCUUAUUGAACAUACUAGAACUCAGCAUACUAAACAGACGAGAAUUCAGCAUACAGAAAAGACGAGAACUCAGUCACUUAAUCAGACGAGAACUCAGCAUACUGAGCAGACAAAACCGAUGCUUAUUGAACAUACGAGAACGGAGCCACUUAAUCAGACGAGAAAUCAGCAUACUGAGCAGACGAGAACGGAGCCACUUAAUGAGACGAGAACUCAGCAUACUGAGCAGAUGACGUCUCAGCUUAUUGAACAUACGAUAACUCAGCAUACUGAACAGACGAGAACGGAGCCACUUAAUGAGACGAUAACUCAGCAUACUGAGCAGACGACAUCUCAGCUUAUUGAACAUACGAGAACUCAGAAUACUGAACAGACGAAAACGGAGCCACUUAAUCAGACGAGAACUCCGCAUACUGAGCAGACAACACCUAUGCUUAUUGAACAUACGAGAACGGAGCCACUUAAUCAAACAAGAAAGCAGCAUACUGAACAGACGACAAAUCAGCUUAUUGAACAAACGAGAGCUCAGCAUACCGAACAGACGAGAACGGAGCCACCUUAUCAGAUGAGAACUCGUCAUACUGAACAGACGAAUCCUAUGCUUAUUGAACACAUGAGAACUCAGCAUACUGAACAGACGAGAAUGGAGCCACUUAAUCAGACGAGAAAUCGGCAUACUGAGCAGACGACAUAUCAGCUUAUUGAACAUACGAGAACUCAUCAUAGUGAGCAGACGAGAACGGAGCCACUUAAUCAGACGAGAAAUCAGGAUACUGAGCAGACGACAUCUCAGCUUAUUGAUCAUACGAGAACUCACCAUACUGAACAGACGAGAACGGAGCCACCUUAUCAGAUGAGAACUCAGCAUACUAAGCAGACGAUACAUAUGCAUACUGAACAGACGAGAACGGAGCAAUUUAAACAGAUGAGAACUCAGCAUACUGAGCAGACGAAAUCUCAGCAUAUUGAACAGACGAUAAUCCAUCCACCUGAGCAGAUGAGAAGUGGGUCACCUGAUCAGAGGAGAACUCAGCAAACUGAAAAGACACGAUCUCAUACCAAAUCUCGGCAAACCGAGGACAAAAGACCGGAACAGACGAAGCGUGUUCCCACAGGAAGCAAACAUUACCGGAAUGGAAUAAAACAAAAAGACAGAGGCUCUAAACUGAACCGAAAGGAGGUUCGGCGGCGAAUGGAAGACAUAGAAUAUCACCCUGUCAAAGCUGAUGUAGAACCAAGCGACGAAUCUAAGUCAUAUGAAAAUGAGCCCACAGUCAGCGACCUGACAAUCAAUAAUGUAAUGGAAAUUAAUUCGCUGACAAUAACGAAUAUGGCGUCUGAAAAAUCAGUGCGAGCAACCACUCCUUCGUCUAUUACAAUAUCGAGAGCCGAAGCGAUAAAAUCCAAUGCUUUGUUCAUAACAAUAUCAAGUACUCAAGAGACAACAAACACUCUUACGCCUACAACAAGACUGAAUACUGAAGCGAUAGCAACCACUCCCACCUUUAAUCAUAUAAUAAGUACUGAAGUGCUGUCAACUACUCUCUUUUCUAAAUCACUAUCAAGUACUGAAGCGACUAGAGCUACUCCUUCGACUACUACAAAAGAAAGUACAGAAGCGUCUACAACUACUUCUACGACUACAAUAAAAGCAAAUACAGAAGCGCCUACAACCACUACUACGUCUACAAUAACAUCAAGUUCUGAGAUGACACCUACCACUUUUAAGAAUACAAUAAUAUCAAGUACUGUAGUGACACCAACCGCUCCUACGAGUAAAAUAUUAUCAAGUACACAAGCGGCAACAACCACUCAUUCGACUGCAAUAAUAUCAAGUACCAAAGCGGCUACAUUCACUCCUGCGACACCAAUAAUAUCAAUUACCAAAGCGGCUAAAACCACUCCUGAGAAUACAAUAAUAUCAAGUUUCAAAGCGUCUACAUCCACGCCUGCGAAUACACUAAUAUCAAGUACCAAAGCGUCUAAAACCACUCCUGCGACUACAAUAAUAUCAAGUGCCAAAGCGUCUACAACCACUACUACGUCUACAAUAAUAUCAAGUACCAAAGCGGCUUCAGCCACUCCUGCGACUACAAUAAUAUCAAGUACCAACGAGGCUGCAUUCACUCCUUUGACUAAAAUAAAAUCAAGUACAGAAGCGACUUCAUCCAAUCCUUCUUCUACAAUAAUAUCAGGAACUGAAGCGACAACAACCACUCCUGCGAUUACAAUAAAAUCAAGUACCAAAGCGGCUACAUUCACUCCUACGACAACAAAAAUAUCAAGUACCCAAUUAGCUCACACCAAAAAUGUUACUACACUAAGAUCAAGUACCAAAGCGUAUACAGCCACUCCUGCGAAUACAAUAAUAUCAAGUACUAAAGCGGCAACAUUCACUCCUGCGACACCAAUAAUAUCAAGUACCAAAGCGGCUACAUUCACUCCUACGACUAAAAUAAAAUCAAGUACUGAAGUGACUACACCCAAUCAUUCUUUUACAAUAAUAACAGGAACUAAAGCGACAACAACCACUCCUGCGACUACAAUUAUAUCAAGUACCAAAGUGGCUACGACCACUCCUGCGACUACAAUAAUAUCAAGUACCAAAGCGGCUACAUUCACUCCUACGACUACAAUAUCAUUACUUACCAAAGCGGCUAAAACCACUCCUGCGACUACAAUAAUAUUAAGUACCAAAGCGUCUACAACCACGCCGGCGACUUCAAUAAUAUCAAGUACCAAAGCGUCUAAAACCACUCCUACGACUAUCAUUACAUCAAGUACCAAAGCGUCUGCAGCCACUCCUGUGAAUACAAUAAUAUCAAGUACCAAAGCGGCUACAUUCACUCCUUUGAUAAAAUCAAGUACUGAAGUGACUUCACCCAAUCCUUCUUCUACAAUAAUAUCAGGAACUGAAGCGACAACAACCACUCCUGCGACUACAAUAAUAUCAAGUACCAAAGCGGCUACAAUGACUCUUGCGACUAGAAUAAUAUCAAGUACUAAAGCGGACACAUUCACUCCUACGACUACAAUAAAAUCAAGAACCAAUGCGACAAUAACCACUCCUGCGACAACAAUAAUAUCAAGUACCAAACCGGCUUCAUUCACUCCUGCGACACCAAUAAUAUCAAGUACCAAAGCAGCUACAUUUAUUCCUACGACUACAACAAUAUCAAGUACUGAAGCGACUACAACACCUCCUGCCACUACAAUAAUAUCAAGUUCCGAUGCGGCUACAGGAACUCUUGUGAAUACAAUAAUAUCAAGUUCCAAAGUGGCUACAGCAACUCUUGCGACCACAAUAAUAUCAAGCACUAAAGACGCUGCAUUCACUCCUGUGCCUACACGAAUAUCAAGUACAAAAGCGCCUACAGCCACUCCUGCGACUACAAUAAUAUCAAGUACUAAAGCGGCUACAGUAACUCCUCCGACUACAAUUAUAUCAAGAACCAACGUGUCUACAACCACGCCUGCGACUACAAUAAUAUCAAGUACCAAAACGUCUACAUUCACUCCUACGACUAAAAUAAUAUUAAGUACAGCAGCGACUACAACCAAUCCCCCAUCUACAAUUAUAUCAGGAAUUGAAGCGAAAGCAACAGUUCCUACGACUACAAUAUCAAGUAUCAAAGCGACUACAAUCACUCGUGCGCCUGCAAUACUAUCAAGUACAGAAGCGUCUAUAACAUCAGGCACUGACGCGGCAACAAAAACUCAUACACCUUCUCCAAUAUCAAGUACUGAAGCGAAUAAAACCACUCCUGCGACUAAGGUAAUAUCCAGUAAUGUAGCGACUUCAACCACUUCUACGGCCACACUACUAUCGAGAAUUGAAACGACUACAACCACUACUACGAUCACAAAUGUAUCACGUUUUAACGCGACAACUGAAACUUCUACGUCUACAAUACCAAUUAUUGAUGCAACAAAAACCACUCCUACGACUUCAGAAAUAUCAAGUACCCAAGCGGCUAUAGCCACUCCUUUGACCUCAAUAAUAUCAAGUAUAAAAGCGACGACAGCCAAUCCUGAGAAAACAAUAAUAUCAGGAACUGAAGCGACAACAACCACGUUUACGCCUCCUCCAGUAUCGAGUACAGAAUCAACAACAUCCUCUUAUACAUAUUCUACAAUAUUAAGUAAUGAAGCGACUACAAUCACUCAUAAGACUUCUACAAUAUCAAGUAAUGAAGCUACCAGAACCACUCUUACUACUACAAGAAACGCAAGUACAGAAGCGUCCAAGCUCACUCAUACAACUACAAUAAAAUCAGGUACUGAGGUGACACCUACCUCUUCUACGACCAGUCCUUCAACUACUACAAUAGCAAGUACAGAAGCGUCUACAACCACUCCUACGGCUACAAUCAUAUCAAGUACAGAAGCCUCUACAACUUCUCCUACGACAGCAAAAAUAUUUAGUUCUGAAGCGACUGCAACCACUCCAACGAUCACACUAAUAUCAAGUACUAAAUCGACAACUGCAACUCAAUCGUCAACAAUACCAAGUACUGAAGCGUCGACAACCACUCCUACGUCUCUUAUUAUACCAGGUAUUAAACGGUUACCAGCCAUCGAUAAGUAUACCACUGUAUCAAGAAACGAAGCAGAAACAACCAAUCCUACGUCCACAAUAUCAAAAAAUGCGAUGAUAAUUUCAGAAGUAAUUACAAACGCAUCAGUAUCUAAAUUAUCACUUACUGAAGGCAAUGCAAGUCAGAUGUUGUUAGCGAAAGGUGCAGAGAUUGCAACUACUGCAUCGUCUGUCCCAAGUACCGAAUCCAUAAAGACCGUUAAAAUGUUUACAACAGCUAGUUCAGAACCAACCACAGUUACAUCUUCAAUGCCCAGUACAAAAUCCCCGACUACACUCCUAAGUACGGAACAUAUCACCAGAGUUACGAGUACAGAACCUACAAACACAAUCAUAAUAACAGAGGCUUCAACUACAGUCGAAAGUACAGAACCUACCACUACAGUCAAAAGUACAGAACCUUCAAAUACAGUCACAAGUACAGAAACUGAAACUAUAGUUGUAAGUACAGAGCCUACGACUAUCGUCAUAACUGAGUCUACUGCUUCUUCCGUAAGUGCACAACUUACAAAUACAGCAACAAGUACAGGGCAUGAAACAAACGUCGCUAGAACAGAAUUAACAACUAAGGCCAAAAUGACCAAGCAAACCACACACGUUACAAGUACAGAACCUACAUCUACUGUCACAAGUAUAGAACCUACAACUUUACUCCCAAGUACAGAAUCAACAACUACUGUCACAAAAAGAGAGUCUACAACUACUGUCACAAGUACAGAAUCUUCAACUACAGUCACAAGUACAGAACCAACAGUUACUAUCACAAGUACAGAACCUACAACUAAAGACGCAAGAUCCAAAUUAACAACUAUAACCACAGGUACAGGGUAUACAACUGUAGUAAGUAAAGAACCUACAACUUCUGUCACAGGUACAGAACCUACAACUACGGUCACAAGUACAGAACCUAAAACUUCAGCCGCAAGUGCAGAUCUUACAACUAAUGUCAGAAGUAUAGCACCUACAACUACAAGCGUAACUACAGAAAUUUCAACGACAGUCAAAAGUAUAGAACCUACAACUACAAUCACAAGUAUAGAAUCUACAACUCCUGCCACAAGUACAGAACCUUCAACUACUAUGGCAAGUAAAGAACAAACAACUACAGUUACAAGUAUAGAACCUAAAACUACUAUCACAAGUACAGAACCUAUAACUACAGUCGAAAAUACAGAACCUACAACUACAGUCAAUAGCACAGAACCUACCAUUGCAAUAACAAGUACAGAAUGUACAACUACAGUAACAAGUACAGAACAUACAACUACUGCCAAAAGCAGCACAGAACCUACAAAUACAGACACCAGUACAGAACCUACAACUGCAGUCGCAAGUAAAGAAUUAACAACUACAGUCACAAUUACAGAAUCUAUAGCUACAGUCAGAAGUACAGAACCUACAACUACAGUCAGAAGUACAGAACCUACAACUUCAGUCGCAAUAACAACACCUAAAACCACAGUAAAAAUUACAGAACCUAUAAAUACACUCACAAGUACAGAACCUUCAACUACAGUGACAAGUAAAGAGACUACGAUUACAGUUCUGAGGACAGAACUUUCAACUACAAUCACAAGCACAGGAUCUACAACUGCAUUCGCAAAAACAGAACCUACAAAUGCAGUAAAACGCAAUGAACAUUUAAUUACCGUAGCUAGCAUAGAACCUUCAACUACAGUUACGAGUAUAGCGUUUUCAGCUGUUUUCAUAAUGACAGAAGCUACUAAUCAAAUCAACAGUACAGAACCUUCAACUGCAGAUAAAAGUAUGGAACCUGCAACUGCAGUGACAAGUACAGAACCUCAGACUAAAGGCAUAAGAACAGAACCUGCACAUAUAAUCACAACGACUUCACCGACAACAACUUGGUCUACCAAGCCAAGAAAGCAUGGAAGUAAACAGACAUCGUCAACUUACGACUUUGAGGAUUUAACAAGCCUUGUUUCCCACACAGCAAGCGACGGCGCAGUUACCCCUACGCCAGAGUCCGCUUUGUUGACGAUUCGAAUCCGCGUGAAGAUUUCCGUUAACGUCCUUGCCGAGCGGUUCAUAACGUCAGUCACUGCUGGACUUUCUAGAAGCUAUAUAGAAGGGUUACUAAGGCAGCGUCACGCUGGUUACCAUGGCAAUCACGGAAAGAACCAGAAGGGCGCGGCUGUCGUAGAGAUAACGAGUGUCAGACGACAUCCGGUUGCCUCGGAAACGGUCACCGUGGAGUUCAUAGUCAUGAUGGACGGUCACGUGGUGUCGUCUGCGGACGCGGUUGCCGUAUUUUCACAUCUUAUGGAAGCUGAGCUAGGAGAUUCAUUGCAUUAUAAGCCUCUGAGUCCGGUACAAGCGUAUUUACAAUGACCAUGACUACAAAACCCACUACGACGACAACAACAACAACACGGAGCAUUGUUCAUCAACCACCGGAAACGGUGUUCCAGAUCACAUACGUAGCGAUCCCUACCGCAGUUGCC